AUGUACCAUCCUCGAUCUAAGUUAGCACGUGAUGUAAAGAUUGCGGUGAUAGGAAACAAUACAGUGGGAAAGACAUCCCUAUCUUUACGCUUCAUCUACGGGGAUUUCCAUCCGGGUUACUUCCACACCAGAGGUGGUGAUAUCUAUCUAAAGCAAAUCAAAGUCCAUGAUCAAACCGUGAAUCUCAAACUUAUAGAUACGGCUGGUCAUCCCUACCAAAGGAGUCUUAUAGGCCCGCUCUAUAAUGACGCCGAUGGUGUCAUUAUUCUGUAUGACGUCACAAGUGAAAAGAGCUUCAAUGCUUUGACAGACUGGAUCAAUGCUGCAAGGGAGCACAACUGUCAAGAGGUCGUACUGGUAGGAAACAAACUAGAUCUAUGUCAAGGUAGUCGACGGGACGAGGUGGCGAGGGAACUCAAAGUGAUAGCGGACCAGCACAAUUUACGUUACUACCUCGUCAGUGCCAAGACAAAUCUCAACGUGAAUCGGCCAUUUAACAGACUGUUCCGAGAGGUACUCCAACGAAAGGCUGUGGAAUCUAUGGAGAAGUCGGAAAAGGAUCAGUUUGAAGUGACAGAAACCCCCACUUCCGGUUGUUUUGACUGCAUAACGAGCUGA